CAAAGUGUUAUUUUUCUCCUAAAGUAUACCCUGGACCAGUAUGUAGAGAGUGAUUAUAUGCUUGUCUACUUUCCCUAUGGCUUUAAGACUCUGAGUAAACCACCUCUGAAAUGGUUACAAACAGACUGCAAGGAAUUUGAAUACAACAUAGUACUCAAAGUUCUCUAUGUUGUCCAUCCAACCAACUUCAUAAAAAUUCUUUGGAAUAUCUUUAAACCUCUUAUAAGUCACAAGUUUGGGAAAAAGAUCACCUACUUGAAUUAUUUAGAUGACCUGGGACAACAUCUCAAAUAUGACCAGUUAAAUAUCCCUCAAGAAGGCAUGUGGAAACAGAAGGGAAAACUUCCACCUGUGGUUAAGGCUCCUCCACCAUGGCCACCUCUGCCUACCCAGCAAUUUGGAGUCAGCCUGCAAUAG